UUUCUUGAAAAGUAUGGUUGAUACAGUAAAAUUCGUAUAAGUAAAAAUAUAAUUAAAAUGUGCACUUUCGUCAAUAUCAUUGACUAAUUAUAAUAUAAGCCAUUGUAUUCUUAAAAUAGUUUAUUUUUUUUUUAACAUACAAGAAACAAAUUACUGUGCCGGCAUUUUGUUAGAUUUGUCACAAUGCUUCAAACUAACUUGCUUUACUUGUUUGUAAUCUUAUCCCUGUUUUGGAUUAGCCUUUUUGAAUGCAAACAGCAUCAUAUUCGCAGAAAUAAUGCAGAUUGUUUUAGAAAUGAAUACGAAACUUUUGAAACUAGUCAAAGAGCUGGAAAUAAUAACAAAAGGAACCAUCCAAAAAACCGAAAUGUUCUGAAACAAAACGAUGAUGAAGACAUAUCUCUUUGGAUAAGUGAGCAACAGUUAAAGACGUUAACUGCCCUUUUUUUCAAACAAGAUUAUGCACAUGGUCGCAUAUAUGCAAUUGAAAACGGCCAUGUAGUUAAUGAUAUUCGAGAUGCGAAUCUUUAUAAGUAUAUUACUAUACCUUCUGAAAUAAGUUAUGUAAAUUUUACAUGGAAAUCUGGAUCAAAAAAAUAUUGUUAUCAUUUCGAUCGUUUAGAAACACUUGAUGAUAGUAUUUUAAAAGCACCUACGUUAUCAAUCAAAGCAAAAGGUGGUGUGCCAAAAGAAAAGAAAAAUUUUAGCGUAUUUUUACCAUGCACUGGUAAUAACUCCGGCACUGCUAUGUUUAACAUUGGCUUGUCAAUACAAACUCGUAGAGGAAGACAGCUACCGGGAACACCAGUUCGGUUAAGCUUUAAAAAGGAAUGCGCACAUAAAGGUGUGUAUGACAGCCUAGAUGCUUCCAAUCCUUCACUAACAUCUUUGCCAGAACCUGAUCCUGAAUGUAACAUAAAAUGUGGUAACAACGGUUAUUGUAAUAAUCAAAAAAUCUGUCAAUGUAACCCCGGUUAUACUGGGCAAUACUGUCAAACUGCUUUUUGUUUUCCACACUGUUUAAACGGUGGAAAUUGUACAGCACCAUCCGUCUGUACGUGUCCCGAUGGCUAUCAAGGAACACAAUGUGAAGGAGGUAUAUGUACUGAAAAGUGUCUUAAUGGAGGUAAAUGUAUACAAAAAGAUAAGUGCCAAUGUUCAAAAGGUUAUUAUGGACUACGUUGCGAAUAUUCGAAAUGCGUAAUACCAUGUAAAAAUAAUGGCCGAUGCAUUGGAACCAAUUUAUGCCGAUGUCCUAAGGGUUUAGGCGGUGAUCACUGUGAAAUUGUACGAAAACAACGUUCUACAUGUAAGAAGCCCUGCAAACACGGAGAAUGUUUGCCCAAUAAAACAUGUAAAUGUGAUAAUGGCUUUCAUGGACGAUUUUGUAACAGAAAAUUCAGAAAACCGCGACAAAAUAAACCUGUAGAGUUCCUUAAUUAAUUAAGUUUAAGCAAACUGGUUUUGAAAAAAUAUUUUUAUAGAGAUUUUUAAAAAAAAUAAUUUCAUAUAACAUGUAUUGUUAAUUUGACAUAUCCUGAUGUCUAAAAUAGCACAUACGCAAAUCUUAUGCGUAGCAAAAAAGAUUUAAAAUUUUAACAUUAAAUAUUUAAAUAGUAUUGAUUAAUAUUGUGAUACUUUUUUUUACUAAAAUAUAUAAGUUUCAUAACU